UUAAACCUAGGCAAAUCAACGAGCUGAGCCCCUUUUGACAAGCCCUUCGAGCGUCACCUUGACAAGGCAAACAAGACAUACAUAUCUCAAACCCGCAAAUACUGCUACAUUUUGCUGGAAACAAUCCUUAAUUGGACAGAAACACACGUUCUUGCCCUUGGCACCCGUUGUUGGGACCCCGUCGCAUUAUGGCGUCCUUCUGUGUUGCGUAUAAACUUCGGUAGCUUGGUCGAGCUGGUGCAUAGUUAUCGGCUUGCCGCUUGUUUGGCCGGCCCGGCGGGCAUCAGAAAUGUCGGGAGGCCUCGUGGCGACCACCGUAUACGCGGACGCCGAGCCUCCGCUCGACGAGGCGUCGCUACCGGCUCUGCACCAGGAGCUCCAAUGGCAGCGAAACGAUGUGCGCAUCUUCGCACAUGCGGCGGCAGAAACGCAGGUCGCCAUCAAAGACGCCCUCGCUCAUAAGUUCAACACCGCACGCUCCGGCGCCGCGGACUCCAUAGCAGCUGGAGUCAACGACCCUGGUUUCCUAGAAGUCUUCCCGCGAGUGGCCAGUCGGCCACCCAAGCUGCUACAAGAGCUGGAAGCCAUCCUGGUGGACCGGCUACGCGCGAAUGACAAGGCUGCUAGCAUGACGGUGCUGGGCAGCGCGAGGGAGCGCGACCCGAAGCUGUCAGCUAACCUGUCGCUGGACGGGCACAGGCAGGUGAUGUCGGCCUUCAUCGCGGGCUUCUCCACCUACGCGCCGCUGCUCAGCCGCAUCCAGGCCGAGUUCGACCGAGCGCUGAACGAGGGCGUGCGCAGCGCACAGGAGAACGUGGAGAUGCGGUACCAGAUGGCCUCCAAUGAGUUGGCGCGGGAGCGAGCAACAGCCGAGGUCCGCGGGCAGGUGCUGGCAGAGGACCUGUCCUUCCGCGCGGCGGCGCUGUCCAAACUGCAGGAGCUGCGCGAGCGGGCGGUGCGCGCGGAGAAGAAGAAGCUGCUGGCAGAGAAGGACCUGCGGGACGCGCAGGCUGAGGAGGCGCGCAUGCGGGCGCUAGUGGAGUCCCUGCGCGGCACCAACAACAAGCUGCAGGAGCUGUUGAUAGAGGAGGACAGGUGGGCGGCCAAGCCGCUGAGCGGACACCUGGUGGGCAUGCCCAUCGGGCCGCUCACCAAGGCGGAUGAGGAGUUCCUGGAGCAGGAGCUGGGCGGCAUGGACACAUUGGCAGUCACCCCCAGCGCAGCCGCAGCCGGAGCCGCCAGCGCGUUCAAAUCGUCCAUGUCCCUAGCCCGGAACAACUCAGGUCUGGGCGGCCUGGGCGCCGCCGGGCCGACGGCGGCGCCGCUGACGCGGCAGCCGUCAGACUCACCGAGCGCCGCGGCGCUGCCGGGAGCGGAGGCGAGUUCGGCGCCUACGGCGGCGGGGACACCGGAGCCAGGGGCGGGGCCGGGCGGGGCGGGCGCGCAAGGCGAGAGCAGCGAGGCGGCGGGGCCAGGGGCGGGGGGAGAGGCGUCGGUGGCGGCGCUGCCUGGGAUCGGGAGUGAGGUGACCGUGGAGGAUGCGGUGGUGGUUGCUGCUGGAGGGGCGGCGGAGGGAGCGGAGGCGCCGGGGCCGGAGAGGAAUGCUGCGCCGUCACCUGCGCCGGAGCCGUCCGAGCCACCGGGCGGGAGUUGAGGAAUGGUGCUAUGGCUGAGUAAAUUAACGCAGUGGGCGGCACAGCCAUUCAGGCUGUGAUUAGUUAUGAUGAUGGGGGGCAACCAGUUAAGAAAAGUGCGAGUGACUUUUGCCCCGACACCGGAUGAUGAUGAGCGGCCGAGGCUGAUUCUUGUAAGCUUUGUAAGCU